AGUUGAUACAAGGGGUCGAUUGUGGAUUCCUUUAUGUGACGUGAAGAAUUUCCGCAGGUUAUUCAAAUCUUUCCCGGGAAAUUUCUGUGCAUAGUGCUUGAUUCUGCGUGAUAUCACCAUGCCCUGGUAUAGUGGGUCAUCUCCGUUUGACGCAGAUGUCGAAAGGCUAACGGAUAAAAACAACACCACGGAAAAUUGGGGUGUGAUGCUCGAUCUCUGCGAUCGGGUGGGAACUUCCCAAUCUUCUUGCAAAAAUUGCUUGAAGUCCAUCACCAAGCGCCUUCAUUCCGAAGUGCCUCAUGUUCAGAAGCAAGCUUUGACGCUGCUCGACACGUGCAUCAAUAAUUGCGGCAAAGCUUUUUUGUUGGAAGUUGCGAGCCGGGAUUUUGAGAUUGAAAUCAAACGUUUGAUCACCAAGGGUCAUCCUGGUAUCGCGGAUAAAACGAAAGCAAUGUUGAAGAAAUGGGCCGAAGGAGAAUUCAAAACGGAUCCAACUCUAAAUCUUAUUCCAGCUCUCUACAACAAAUUGCAGCAUUCGGGUGUUGAUUUCCCUGCUAUUGAAGAAACAAAGUCUGCAAAAUCUACCAAGACUACGGGCGCCUCUGUGGCUCAGAAAGAGGCUGAUGACCUCGCAAAAGCAAUAGAAUUAUCGCUGCAGGAAACGAAGAAAUCUGCUGGCGCAAGUGUCGUUGACGCAGCAAAAUCACCUGUUUCUUUGUAUCCUUCUGCAAAAAUUGGAACAAGCAGUGUACCGGCAAAAGAACCACGCAAAGUUCGAGCUUUGUAUGAUUUUGAGGCUGCAGAGGACAACGAGUUGACCUUCUUUCACGGUGAAAUUAUUCUGGUUUUGGAUGAUUCCGAUACAAAUUGGUGGAAAGGCUCGAACCACCGAGGAGAAGGAUUGUUUCCGGCAAAUUUCGUGACGUCGGAUCUGUCAGAUGCAGCUAAGGAGUCUCCGUCGAGUAGCCGAAAAGUGCAAUUCAGGGAAUCAGUGGAGGUACGAACCAUGGAAAAUGAGGAAGAAGAAGAGGAUGACUAUGAUAGGAGUGACCAGAAAGUUGUUCAGAUUGAUGAAGAAAAAAUGCGAAAAGCUUUGAAACUAAUCACGGAGGGAGAUCCAUCCGGUACUCGCCCUGAUCCACCCGAACUCGCCAUAUUGGAAAAUGAGUGCUACGCUAUGGGUCCAGCGAUUGACACUGAGCUUGAAAAAAUCGACAAGAAACAUUCUCUUCUGUCGCGGUUGAGCGCGGAUCUAGUUGAGGCUUUGAAUUUGUACCACACUUUGAUGCGAUCUUCUUACUCUACCGAGGGCAUGGCUGCUCCCGUGCGUCCCCCGUACGCUCCUUCCACCGACGGCAUGAUGCCCUACAUGCCCCCUGCUGCACCCUAUCAAUCCCCACCUCCGCAAAUGUACAUGCCUUAUCCGGCGCCACAGCAGCACCAACCGCCUCAGCAGUACCCGAUGCCGGAGGCAAUGCCUGGGUAUCCGCAGUACGGGGGUUAUGUUCCCCAGCAACCUGGUCUACCUCAGCCACAACAGCUGCAGGCGAACACUGGGUACUACCCGGCGAACCCGUCUGGGUAUUAUGCACCUUAUCCCGCGCCUGGGGCCGUCCCCAUGUUCGAUCCGACCAAGAUGAUGCCAGCAGACUCCAUCCAGACACAGCAAUAUAUGCAGCCAAUGUCUAUGUACGAUCCAACAAUGGCCGGCCAAACAGGUCUGGAAGCGAGUUAUGCUGCUAUGAGCAUGGCGACUACCAACGGGCAUCCUGUGAACUCCGGCGCCCCAGUGCAACCCCAACCUCCACUUCUGUGAAAUGGGGAAAAAAAUCUCACGCGAACUCGCUUGGGUGAACAAGGCAUUGAUUAUUCAUAUUAAACUCUCCCGGAACGAAUAUGAAGAGAGCGUGCCUGUGACGGUAUCAUUUUUGCUUCGACGUCGUUGAUGGGUAAUUCAUGCUUUUGGGAACAGCGCUAAUUUUGAAAUGGAAUUCCAUUUUUCUCGAUGCGGGGGUCGACACCUAAUCCCGAACGUCGAUUAUUUUUCGAUUCCGAAUUUGGUUUGGUUUUUUGAAGAACAAUUAUAAUUUUUUGUAGAACUUUUCGAAGCUGUGAGUGAGCAGGAUGACGAACUUCCUGGGUUUCACUACGAUUAGAUUAUUAUCUCAUAUCAAAAUCUACGCUCUUCAUUUCUAUGGUUUUAUUUGCCAUUUAAAAUGUUCGUCCAAUUUCUAAAAUCGUCUAAUGUCUAGAUUUUAUGUUCGUCUAAUUUCUAAAUAUAACCUCCAAUUCUGAGGGAAAUUAAGAUAAUUUCGGGCAGAUUUUCACUCAGGCGACAUUUGCCUGAAUUUUCGCUAAGCGAGGUCGUGCAUCGAAGUGAAAAUAUGCAGGAAAAACUUCGGGAAAUUUUUUCCAAUUUUAGUGUUAUUAUUCGCUAUCGAUUUUUGCGACUGAUUAUUCUCGAAAGCUGGAUGAACCCGUUGGUGUUCCGUCGUUGUUCCAUUGGUCGUGAUCCAAGUGCAUGAUUCGCCCGCCCCUGGGGCAAGUUUAUUUUGUGGGAUAUUUCUGUAAAGUUCGUUGUGGAGAGAGAAAAAGGAAAGUUUAGGGAAAGCGUUUAGAAAAAUCGCCGGAUAUUUUGCAAAGCAUUCCCGCGUUUUUGAAUUGUCCGCAGCUUGACUGAUUUCUCAUGCGCGGUCAACAUCGAGCGAGAAAGACUGGAAAGUCUGCUUUUUUGGAUUUUUUUUCUGGAAAGAGUUUUUCGAUGCAAAUGCCGGAUCGUUGAUAGAAGAAAGUUUAGAUGUCGAUGCUUGUAGGAUUUGAGUUCCUUACGGACCAAGGAUAUGUUCCUCGCUCCUUGGAGAAUUUUGGUACUGAGUUGAAAACUGUCAAGGAAGUUAAUUUGUACCCGAAAUUAUGCUGAAGAUCAGGUUCAGACUGGAGAGAAAAAUUGCGUCCCGAUGCGCUGAUGUAGUUUCACGACUUAAUUACGUAUUUCAUUUCUCGAGCCUUCAAUCUUACUCUUGAGUUCAAAUUUUGCUGCCUGUCCGAAUCUGGUACGAUUCCUUCAACUGGAAUCACGUACAGUACUUUUGCCUUCGUUGAAUGAAUUUAGAGAUGUUCAUUGGAAAAGUAUCGCUUUCUCGCGUUUUGAGCAAGAAUAUGUCUAAAAAGUCGCUGUGCAUUGAAAAAUUCGUAAUCGUAACGAAUUUUCCUGCUUCUUCCACUCAGGUCGAAUUAUCUCAAAUAUAAUCUUCAUGAUUAAUUUUCUUUCCAAAAAUUUUUUUCAAGGUUCCCAACAAUGCUCUAUGGACACAAAGCUGAUCAAUUAUUAUUUUUUAACUACAGUAUUCAGUUCAGCGUAUUUUUUUUGCAGUUCUCAUAUUAAUGGGAUUUGACUGAAUUAUUUCUACAGAAGAAACUUUUUUUGGUGUGAUCUGACCAUAAGAAAUGAAUUUGAUGGAAGUUAUUUCUUAUUUCAGAGAAACUUCGUUUUUUCAAGAAUUUCAUUGCACCGGUAACUAUUUUUUGGCAUGCAAAUUUUUUACUUUUCUCCGAAAAUUUGGACUCAGAUAUAACAUAACCGAUUAUUCCUUUAUCUGAAGUACUAGCUGAUUCAUGGUUAAUCCCGUGCGAAAAUGACCCUUGAUUUUGGAAAAUGCAACGAUUUAUCGGAUCCUUGGUAUAAUUUUUAUGAAUCAUUCGAAAGUUAUUUUUACGUUUUUCCGUCGAAAAUUAUAAUAAUAUUCAAUGUUAUUAUCAUCCAAAAUUGUUUACCUCAAUUUCAUCGCCAGUUCUGAAGCGCUUCUGUAAGCGUUUUGUGGCUUCUACCCAAGAUUGGGUUAAAAAGCCCAAAUGAGUUGGGUAGGUUGGAGGUUUUCAAGAGUUUUCAAACUCCCAAAAAUGCAGGAAUUUCCAAUGCGCAGUAACUUUCUGAACAUGUGGUAAUGUAUUAGAAAAGGUUAUUCAUAGAAUCAAGUUAGUAUGCAGUACUUGCAUGUUUUUUUUCCUUGAGAAAUUUCAUAAUUUGUGUCUUACAAAAAUAAUCCUGCCGGAACUCGUGAAAGUAAUGCAUGCAAAGGCUGGGAUUGAUAAUUGUAAGAGACGAUUUUUGUGCGAGAGAAGCAGCAGAUUUGUUGUUGUUAGAAAAUACUAGUUAGCAUUAACCGCGUAAAACUUGAACGAUUUAUCUUGCUUGUUAAUGAUUCUCCAGUGAAUGAUACCUCCAUAUUAAAUGAACCCGAAUCGUUAGGUUCGGAUUUUUUUUUCUGUUUCCAGUGGAAAUUUCCUUUUUUCGAGUAGGUAGUGUUUCCCGCGCUAUAUUUUUUCUUUACUUUUGUUUUAAAGUCGCAUUGCAGUUCUGAGAAAAUGUUUUCUUCUUUUCCUGGUCCGUCGUUCGCCUGGUUCGCAAAUUGGGAAUAUAUUCUCCUGCAAAUUUU